AUGAAGAGUCUCCCAAUCCUGCUUCUGUGCGUGGCUGCUUGUUCAGCUUUUCCUCUGGAAGGACCAGCAAAGGAUGAGGACAUGGAUUUUGUUCAGCAAUACCUAGAAACCUACUACAACCUUGCAAAAGACGGAAGGCAGUUCGUGCGGAUACGAGACAGCAGUCCUGUUGUUAAAAAAGUUCAAGAGAUGCAGAGGUUCCUGGGGCUGAAGGUGACCGGGAGGCUGGACGCCGACACCAUGGAGGUGAUUCACAAGCCCAGAUGCGGAGUGCCUGACGUCGGGGACUUCACGACCUUUCCUGGCUCGCCCAAGUGGAAGAAAACUCACCUUACUUACAGGAUUGUGGACUAUACGCGGGAUCUGUCAAGAGAUGCCGUUGAUGCCGCCAUUGCGAAAGCCCUGAAAGUCUGGGAGGAAGCGUCUCCCCUGACCUUCUCCAGGGUGCAUGCGGGAGAGGCUGACAUCAUGAUCUCGUUUGCAGUUAGAGAGCAUGGGGAUUUUAUCCCUUUUGAUGGACCUGGGAAAGUUCUGGCUCACGCCUACCCUCCUGGACAAGGGAUUUACGGAGAUGCUCACUUUGAUGACGAUGAACAGUGGACAGAGGAUAAAACAGGAACCAACUUAUUCCUUGUUGCUGCUCAUGAACUUGGCCAUUCAUUGGGUCUGUUUCACUCGAACAACACUGAAGCUUUGAUGUUCCCAAUCUACAACGCACUCACAGACCUGGCCCGAUUCCGUCUUUCUCAAGAUGAUGUGAAUGGCAUUCAGUCCCUCUACGGGUCUCCUCCUGUCUCCCAUGAUGACUCUGAGAUGCCCAUGAAGCCCACCCCUCCAAAACCCGAAAAGCCAGUCAUGUGUGACCCUGCCCUGUCCUUUGAUGCUGUGAGCACUCUGCGUGGAGAAAUUCUGUUCUUUAAAGAUAGAUAUUUUUGGCGCAAAUCCCUCAGAACACUUGAACCUGGAUUUCAUUUGAUCUCUUCAUUUUGGCCAUCUCUUCCUUCAGAUGUCGAUGCUGCAUUUGAAGUUACCAAGAAGGAUACGGUUUUCAUUUUCAAAGGCACUCAAUUCUGGGCCAUCAGAGGAAAUGAGGUUCAAGCCGGUUAUCCCAGAAGUAUCCAUACUCUGGGCUUUCCUCCCACCAUAAGGAAAAUUGAUGCAGCCAUUUCUGAGAAGGAAAAGAUGAAAACAUACUUCUUUGUAGAGGACAAAUACUGGAGAUUUGACGAACGGACACACUCCAUGGAGCCAGGCUUUCCCAGGAAAAUUGUAGAUGACUUUCCAGGUGUUGAUCCAAAGGUUGAUGCUGUUUUUGAAGCAUUUGGGUUUUUCUAUUUUUUCAACGGAGCUUCACAGUUCGAGUUUGACCCCAAUGCACAGAAAGUUACACAUGUUCUGAAGAGUAACAGCUGGUUCAACUGUUAG